AUGGUGACACUGCAUUCCAUGGUGACCCUGCUGCUGCUAGUGCUCCUACUCACAGCCCGGCCGGCAUCUUCCUCCUCCUUUAUUGGCAGGUACGAAUACCAUGAUCGUGAAGCACUGCUGGCACUCAAAGAGGCGCUGACAGACAGCUCGGGAUUACUAAGCUCAUGGAACAGCAGCAGCUCCGACUUCUGCCGUUGGGCCGGUGUGACAUGCAGCCGCCAGCAUCCGGGCAGGGUGGUUUCUCUGAGCCUGCGCCAGAAAAACCUGGGAGGCAGCAUCUCUCCUGUUAUCGGCAACCUCACCUUUCUUCAGUCGCUCGAUCUCUUCGACAACAUGCUGUCAGGGGAGAUACCGCGCACCAUCAGCCGGCUGCGUCGUCUGAGCUUUCUUGAGCUGGCGUACAACCAUCUUGCUGGUGAGAUUCCUGUAGACCUGGCCAACUGUUCCAACCUUGUGUACCUGAGCGUAGAGGUCAAUGAGCUUCAUGGGGGAAUCCCUAGUGGUCUGGGCUUGCUAUCUCAGCUGCGAGUCCUCUAUGUUGGCGAGAAUAAUCUCAUAGGACAUAUACCGCCAUCACUCGGCAAUCUCUCGGUACUCCAAAGGCUAGCACUCUAUCAGAACAAACUGGAAGGAACCAUCCCAGAGGGUCUUUCCCAUUUGAGGUAUCUCCGAUACAUCCAAGCGGCGAGGAACAGCCUUUCGGGCACAAUUCCACCUCUCUUCAACAUAUCGUCCCUCCAGUAUUUCGGUUUCAGCUCAAAUAAUCUGCAUGGCAGAUUGCCACCAGAUGCAGGCAGGCACCUGCCUGACCUUGAAGUGCUUCUUUUGGGUGGCGCUACGAACAAGAACAGCUUCUCCGGAACACUCCCUGCGUCCCUCUCAAAUGCCACCAAACUACAGCAGCUGGUCAUUGCCAACAACCACUUCGGAGGAAGGGUGCCUCCUGAGAUAGGGACGCUCUGCCCGGUGCUUGUUGAGAUGGGGAACAACAUGCUGAAAGCUGAGGAUGAUGCGGGCUGGGAGUUCCUCAGAUAUUUCACCAACUGCACCCGUCUAGAGGUUCUGGAUGUUAGUAAUAACACCCUGGGAGGAGUGCUUCCAAGUUUUGUAGCCAAUUUCACAGGUCCAAUACAGCUGCUACUCAUGUCAAUGAAUGGGAUGUCUGGGGUAAUCCCUCCGGGCAUUGGAAACCUCAUCAGCCUUGAGGACCUAGAAUUCGCUGGAAAUAAUCUGCAUGGUGUUAUACCUGAGGACAUUGGAAGACUUCAAAACCUGAAAUUUUUCACGCUGGAGGCGAAUCUCCUAUCAGGAGGUAUACCACCCUCCUUUGGCAACCUCACAGAACUGCUCACCCUAAUAUUAUCAAACAAUGAGCUCAAUGGCUCCAUUCCUGAGAACCUUGGGAGCUUGCACAGGUUAACAUCCAUGACAUUAUCCUUCAACAGGCUUACCGGUGCUAUCCCUGGAGUAAUAUUCAGCCUCUCAUCACUAACUGAUUCAUUGUUACUUUCUCACAAUUAUCUUUCUGGUGUUCUUCCUCCACAAAUUGGUAGCCUCCAGCAUGCGACAACAUUGGAUCUGUCAAAAAACAACUUAUCUGGUGAAGUACCAGGAGCACUUGGAGACUGUGCAAGUUUAGUAUACUUAUCUCUCGAUGACAAUUACUUCACUGGGAGCAUCCCUCCAUCAAUUGGUAAUUUGAAGGGCUUGACCAUGCUGAAUUUCACAAGAAAUGGGAGAAAAGGAUUGGACAGGAUCAAUGCUACACAAAACCAUUUGUUGGACAACAAGUAUCCUAGAGUUUCAUACCUCCAACUUUUUGAAGCUACGGAUGGUUUUGCCCCUACUAAUCUGAUAGGAGCUGGAAAAUAUGGAUCUGUUUAUAAAGGAAAUUUGUCUCUUACAAGUGCUAGGGAUUCUGUAGUCGCUGUCAAAGUGUUUACUCCACAGCAACCUGGUUCUUCCAGAAGUUUUUUGGCUGAAUGUGAGGCUCUACGACAAGUGAAACAUAGGAACUUGAUCAAUAUUAUCACCUGUUGCUCCAGUAUAGACUCUAGAGGGAAUGACUUCCAAGCUCUAGUCUUCGACUUUAUGCCCAGGUACAGCUUGGACAGGUGGCUGCAUCCAAGAAGCAAUGAGCAGACACACAAGUUAAGUCUAACCCAACUGAUGAACAUUGCGACUGAUGUAGCAGAUGCACUAUACUAUCUUCACAACAGUAGUUAUCCAACAGUGAUCCACUGUGAUUUGAAGCCUAGCAACAUCCUCCUUGGUAGUGACUGGACUGCUUAUGUUGCUGACUUUGGGCUUGCAAAGCUGAUUGGUGAAUCCAUGGACCGAUCAAAUUUGAACAUUGGGACUGAAAGCACUAUUGGGAUACGAGGAACCACUGGAUACGUCGCUCCAGAAUAUGGAGCAGGUGGUCAAGCAUCAGUUGCUGGUGAUGCCUACAGCUUUGGGGUUACUCUGCUUGAGAUGUUCACAGGGAAGGCACCAACUGAUGAUAUGUUCAUAGAAGGCUUGACCCUGCACUUGCUUGCUGAGGCAGGUUUACCUGACAGGAUAUCAGAAAUCAUUGACCCAGAACUAUUGCAUGCGGAGCUGUAUGACAAUGAUUCUGAGAUACUCAGUUGCUUAGCUUCUGUGAUACGAGUUGGCGUCUCAUGUUCAAUGGACAACUCAUCAGAAAGAAUGAACAUGGAACACGCUGCUGCUCAGCUGCACAGAAUCAAGGAUUACAUUGCAGAAAUCCCAUAG